GUGCAGCUGUCACCACAUGUUGCUACUGCGGCACAGGAGUAUGGCGUCGGCUAUGUUUCCGGCGGGCUGCUCUCGUAGUUCGCGCAUCCUCCUCCUCCCAUCCACCUCCUUCGCGCUUCUUGCAGAUUCAACACGUUACGAGCUCAACUCCUCCUUCGCCAGAUUCCUCUCCUCUUAGUUGCAGAGGCGCGUGGCCUGGAUGGUCGGCUCUGGAUGUGUUGGUUUUUGAUGCUGGAACUUGAGCACAGUGGUGGUGAUGGUCCAACAUGGGGAGAUUGGUUGAUUGUUUAGCAGGGAGGACUGGAGUCUGUAGUGACGAGUGAAUCGUUGGUUCAGUUUGUUCCAUCAUCACAUGGUGGCGUUGAGUUGAAUGUAGGUUUCAUGUUGUUGUUGUUGUUGUUUAUUUUGUUUUGUUUGUUUUUUUUCCCCUCUGUGUGAAGAAUGGUGAGCGUGCCUUGACAUUGUAGAGUGCGAUCACCGAAUAGUGUUUCGCGGGAGGUGAAAAGAUGCAGCUGGAUGGGAUCGGGAGUGGAAGCGUUGCGGGUGCGUAGAUCUGAGCUCUGAAGGCGAAGUGGAUCUUUGAGCGAAGCGAAGAUCACUCCGCCUUGCAUAUGAAAUAAAGGCGUUAGAAUCGAUGGGGAUUGUCGCUGGAGCAGGUUUGGGUAGGGGCAACUACUUUGGCAGGAUGGAAUUGGGGAUGUGCGGAGGUACUACAGUGUCUACCUCCUGUCAGAAUUGCUGCCUUGAAGCUCGCUCGUCCUUGUUGAAGAUCUCACUCGGAACUACGUUUCAUUUACUCAAAUCGAGCUCAGUGAGACAAUUCCCUCGCAAGACUUCUGCAGGGUGGUGUGCAGCGAGACGUGUCAAUGCUACCAUAGCAACGGGGAAUGGCGCCUUCACUGGCGGGAAUAGGACGGAGGAUAUAAGCGAGGCGCUCUCAAGAGUCGUGCCACCUUUUCAAUCGGAGAAAGACAGCGCAGUGUUUAGGGUGAUCCUGGCUGCCAUUGCCAGUGUGGCACUUGCGGCAGAGAAGCAGAGACGUCGCGAAAAGACCGAAGUUCCCUUGGACGCCCUUCGACAAGGGCGUCUUGUGGAGAGCAGGCUAGUGUAUCGGCAAACGUUCGUGAUUCGCUCGUAUGAGAUUGGAGCUGAUAGAACCGCAUCUAUUGAGGCUAUGAUGAACCAUUUCCAGGAGACUGCCUUGAAUCACGUAUGGAUGUCGGGUCUUGCGGGAGAUGGCUUCGGUGCAACACACGCGAUGUCAAGAAAUAAUCUGAUCUGGGUCGUCACUCGGAUGCAAGUUCACGUUGAGCAAUAUCCUGUUUGGGGGAAUGUCGUUGAGAUGGACACAUGGGUGGGAGCCUCUAAGAAGAAUGGAAUGCGUCGAGAUUGGCUUGUCCGAGAUCUGAAAACAGGACAGAUUUUAGCUCGAGCUACCAGCACAUGGGUGACAAUGAACAAAGAAACAAGGAAGCUUUCCAAGAUGCCUGAGGAAGUAAGGGCCGAGAUCUCUCCCCAUUUUCAUGAGAGAUCCGCGAUGAAUGACCAGAGUGAAGUAACGCAGAGGAUCUCCAAGAUCAAUGGCUCUGCCGAAUAUGUCCACUCAGGCCUAAUGCCGAGACGCAGUGAUUUGGACAUGAACCAGCAUGUGAAUAAUGUGAAGUACAUUGGUUGGAUGUUGGAGACUGUUCCGCCUGCCGUGUUGGAUAGGUAUGAAUUGGCUACCAUGACGCUAGAGUACAGGCGAGAAUGUGGACAGUCUGAUAUGGUUCAAUCCCUGACCAGUCUUGAGUCUUCCACCUCGGACCAGUCUCAGGGCACAGCCUCCUCCUCGGAGUCCAAUGGGCCAUCUAACGGGGAAUGUAACGGAGCCUCGAGCACGGGAUCUAAGGGGACCUCGAAUGGCUUCCCUCACGCAACAGCGCCGCCGACGAGGAUGCAUGAGAUCAAAGACACAGAUGCAGGCGACUUGCGAUUUGUACACUUGCUGCGUAUGGAGAGUGAUGGAACUGAAAUAGUACGGGGAAGAACACGGUGGAGACCGAAGAACUAGCCCCUUCACAAUUCUCGUGGUUUCAGCCCCUGGCCUCUUCGACUCCAUUAACUGUAGCCUUGGAUUCCUCGAACAAUGGAGGAAUCCAAUGCUAUUCGUUACAAUAAGGUGUUAAAGGCUAUUUUUUUUUUUUACCGUUGUACAGUAUAAAAGUUGUAGUUCAUGCUUCUGCUCGCCUUACAUCUUGAAAGAAAGUUCUGCAGAUUACACCCUUUUCCCAUGACCAACUUGUACAGUUGUAUGCUUGUAAUCCAAGAUAAAUUCCUAUUUUUCACCA